CUUGCUGUGUUUGGGACCAAAUUGUUAUUUGGCUAUUCUAGCUGGCUUUUUUUAGCGAAUUGUAACUUGUGUGAAGCUGAAACAAAGUUAACUUACAUGCUCCUAUAUGCUCAGCUGAAUUAUUAUAACAUGUCUAUCCAGUUUGCAGUUAUUCUUACAAUGUUAUCUUGGCAUAUUUUGCAGAAAGGUACCAAGAGGGUGCAAUUUGUCAGGAACUUGAUUAGGGAGGUUGCUGGAUUCGCUCCCUAUGAGAAACGUAUCACUGAGCUUCUUAAGGUUGGAAAGGACAAGCGUGCACUCAAGGUCGCCAAGAGAAAGCUUGGUACUCACAAGAGAGAAAAGAAGAAGAGAGAGGAGAUGUUAAGUGUCCUUACGAAGAUGAGGUCUGCUGGUGGUGGUGGUGCUGGUGACAAGAAGAAAUAG